AAAGGAUGGCUUCGACAGACUGGGAGCGCAGGGAAGGAGUGAGCAAGCAUCCAAGCAACAGAAACCCGAGACUGUGCAGCUUUAACAUUUUCCAGAUAUGAGUUGCGUCAAGGUGUCCGUUCUAGUCACCGUGCUGGCACUGGCGGUGUGCGUGGCCCGGCCGCUGUCGGAGUCCAGGAGCGAGGCGGGCGCUGCGCUGGCACAGAGGAACCCCCAGCGGGAAAAGGCACUGGCUGCGCGCAUUGUCCGGAGGGACUGGAUGGGAUCGCUCACUGCAGACCAGCGGCAGUUCAUGUCAAAAUACAUCCCACAUGUACUUGCAGAGCUGUCCAACCAGGAAGGCUACGGGCCGGCGGACUCCGUGCACCCGAUAAUUGACCGAGACUACGCCGGCUGGAUGGAUUUUGGCAGACGAAACACGGAAGACGUGGAGUUCGACCCCUGAGCGCACAAUGCGAACAGAAGCCGCCUGCAUUCGACUCGCAAAAAGCACCCAUAACUUAGAAUACUAAAACGAAUCAUAGUAAUACAAAAUCAAUCCAACUUUACACUUUGAAAUGUACCGUUUUGCAAUAUACAGUAUAUAUUUAUUUAUUUUCCAUUUCUUUUGA